GAAUAAGUUUUUUGGAGGGGCAGUUUUAUUCUGGAAGCGGCGAGAGUGCAUUUCUCUGGAUUACCUCAUCUUCCUUGGAGCUUGUAAACUGCAUCAUUCGGCAUGAAUAACCUGGUGAGAUCUGUGUUCAGAAUCGCCCCGCUGAGGAGCAUUGUGUCGCCAAUGCGGUCGACGCUGGGGAAGAGGGAAUUCACGAGAACUCUGUGGCACAUGUCACGGAAGCCGGAAGAUCUGAUUGCGGGCAAAUCCAUCAUCCAGCACAAUCCCAGCCUUGGCUGCUCAUGCGGCUGUGGCGCGAAGUUCAUUCACACCAAAGGCGAGAGAGAGCUCGUGGAAUUCCUGACCGAGGAGAUUGUGGCUGAGAAGAAAGCGCAGAAGGUAAAAUCCAUUCCCACGACCGUCGAGGGUUUCAAAGUGAAGAUCAAUGGGCCAGAAGUGGAAUUGACAAAGGAGGGCGACAAGGAAACCGUGACGAUCUCCUUCAAUGUGAAUCACACAGUAGACACAGAUGAGGAGGCGGAAGUUGAUCCCAACAUGGACAAGCCCAAUCUGGCAGAAAUGAAGAGCAAGCCGCAGUUUGAGGUGGACAUCGUGAGAGGCAGCCAAACACUCUCCUUCACAUGCUCUUUUCUGCAGAAUCAGGGAGAAGACGCUGAAGGAUACAAUGACAUCUUUGGCAUCGAUGAACUCGUCCUGUACGACGGAGAGUGGAAGGAUAACAACUACGCCGUGGCAGGAGACGUUCUGGAUGGAUACUUGUACGAUUUGCUGAUGAAUCUCCUCGAGGAGAAGGGCAUUAGCAAUGAGUUCGUGGACAAACUGUCGGAAUUCAGCACAAUCUACGAACACUCACAGUACAUUGAUCUCCUCGAGAGGCUCUCCAAGUUCACGAUUGGGAAGUAAAUCAGGCGCC